AAUAAAAAAGAUGACGACGACGACGAUGAUGAUGGUGACUACGAUGACGACGAUGACGACAAUGAUGAUGAUGGCAACGAUGGUAGCGACGGUGGUAGUCAUUAUAGUUAUGAUGAUAAUGACGACGGUAGUAGUGAUGAUGGUGAUGUUGGUGAUGGUGAUGAUGAUGAUGGUGAUGGUGAUGAUGGUGGUUGUGAGGAUGGCGAUGAUGACAACGACAACGGCGGUGGUAGUGGCGGUGGAGGUAGUGGUAGUGGUGGCAUUGUUGUUGGUGGUGGUGAUGAUGACGAUGACGAUGAUGACACAGGUAGUGAUGAUAAUGAUGAUGACAACGACGACGACGACGACGGCGAGGAUGAUGAUGAUGAUGAUGAUGAUGGUGAUGAUGAUGAUGAUGAUGGUGAUGAUGAUGAUGAUGAUGGUGAUGAUGAUGAUGAUGAUGAUGAUGAUACUGUCACCCUUCCCCGAAGCUACAACGCCUGUCAUUGCGAUUAUCUCUGGGAGAUAAGAGUCUCAAUCACAUCAGCCGCCUUCAGCUUCCACUACCGCCUCAAGACGGCUCAGGAACCUGGCGCAUGCAUUCUUCACUGUGCCCCUGUGAAGAUGUUCGAAUACUGCCCUGAUCCUGGCCACAGGCUCGGUCUUGCUGCAGACAGGAUGGCUGGUGUUAUUGUCAAUCACACCGCAUGCAUUUAUGUUGACCAAGAUGGUGGCCACUUGUUUCGGAAAAAUCAGUACUACGGAAAAGCUUUGAAAUCAGAUGCUCCGGAAAAUCGAUGUUGUAUCUAG